AGACUGGACUUUUUACCGCUCUGAUCACCUUUGCCUGCCCAAACACCUGACAACAUGGACAAUUUGAGGAUGAUUGCUGCGUUAAUUGGAGUCUUUGUCAUUUUAAAGGUUCAAGCUGUUCCAACAGGUUCUGGUGAAUAUGCAGAUUCUGAUGAGCUGAGGGAUGACAUACUCGACAUCAACAAAGGGUUAAAACACCUGUUUGAGGGGGACAUUGCUGGUAUUCCUAACAGAAAUGCAAUCCUUGAUCAAACCAGAAAAUGGAAGUUUCCCAUCCCUUAUAUAUUAACAGAUUAUUUAGAGCUGAAUGCUAAAGGUGUGAUCCUCCAGGCUUUUGAGGAAUACCGUCUGAGAUCCUGUGUGGACUUUAAGCCCUAUGAGGGUGAGACCAGCUACAUCUCCUUCACCAAGCUGUCUGGAUGCUGGUCAUAUGUCGGAGAUGAUAAGGUCGGCCAGAAUCUGUCUAUUGGGGCCAGGUGUGACACUAAGAGUAUUGUGCAGCAUGAGCUCCUCCAUGCUUUGGGCUUUUACCAUGAACAGUCUCGCUCUGAUAGGGAUGACUAUGUUAGAAUCUUGUGGGAUCAGAUUGAAGAGGGGAUGGAGCACAAUUUCAAUAAGUAUGAAGAUGACUUCAUCACUGACCUGAACACUCCCUAUGAUUAUGAGUCCAUCAUGCACUACAGACCUCUGUCCUUCAACAAGAACGAAAGCAUCCCCACGAUCGUCACCACCAUCCCAUACUUUAAUGAGGUGAUUGGCCAGCGGCUGGACUUCAGUGCUCUAGACAUCACCAGACUCAACAGGAUGUACGACUGUGCCAACACACAGACUCUCCUGGACCAGUGCUCGUUUGAGCUGAACAACAUCUGUGGAAUGAUCCAGAACGAGGAUGAUAAUGCAGACUGGGUCCAAACGCUAAGCAGCUCAGCUGAUACAGACCACACCCUUGUAGGGCGCUGCAGAGAUAAGGGCUACUUCAUGAAGUUUGACACAUCUUCUGGAAGCAGUGCCUCUCUGGAGUCACGAAUCCUUUACCCAAAGAGAGAUGAACAGUGCCUGCAGUUCUUCUACAAAAUGACCGGGUCAACCUUGAAUAAACUUGUCAUAUGGAUCAGGACUGAUGACGGAACAGGAGCUGUUCAUAGUGUCAAAAAGAUCCACACCAUUACAGCUGAUGGAGAUGCUUCCUGGAAAAUUGCCCAUGUGACACUCAAGGUGACAGAAAAGUUCCGUUACUUCUUUCAAGGCGUUAAAGGAGCAUCAGACUCCUCUGGUGCCAUCCUUAUUGACGAUAUCACUCUUAGUGAAACCGUUUGUCCUCCUGCUGUUUGGCAAAUCAACAACUUUACUGGCGUUUUAAGCAGCACCCCUCUUGGCAGUGCUAUUAAAAGCAAGUGCUUCUACAACUCCGAAGGCUACUCAUUUGGUAUCAAUGUUUAUCCAAAUGGAAGAGAUGACUACCCAGAUUAUGUUGCCAUGACCAUGUACCUCUGCAGUGGGGAAAAUGAUGGAGUGAUGCAGUGGCCUGCUGAAAAUAGGCAGGCAACCAUUGUUGCUAUGGACCAGGACCCAGAUGUGAAAAUAAGGAUGUCUUCAACAAGAAGCUUUACGACAGAUGCUGACGCACGCUGGCAUAGACCAACGGCCACUUCAGGAACAGUGUACGAUCCCAGCUGUAACUGUUACCGUGGUCAGGAGUUUGGCUGGAGCACAUUUAUUUCUCACAAGCAUCUGCAAAGGAGAAGCUUCCUGAAGAAUGACGACCUGAUCAUUACUGCUGACUUCAGUGAUUUGACUCACCUAAUAAAGACAGAGGUACCUGUCAAAGCAGUGGCACCAAGUCAGGAUAUCACAGCUGAGAAGCUGAUGGAUGAAACGGAGAGGAAAUCAGAGACUCCAAAACACAGAGAAGCUCGCUCUGUCAACCCAUGUCAGCCCAACCCUUGUUUGAAUGGAGGCCUGUGUGUGGAGACUGAAGGGAGAGCCUCAUGCAGGUGUGCAUCCACACAGACCACUUACUACACGGGUAAAAGUUGUGAGAAAAUGAAUCUAGAGAGAAGUAUCUUGGGAGCUCUGGUUGGUGGCGCAGCUGGAACAGUUGUGCUGACUCUCGCCAUCUACACCGUCAUAAAGAGAGCUCAGUGAGGCUCUCUUCAGUGGAAUAAAGUGGGCCAUCUUAUAUAUCUCUCAUGCAGUGUAAAAAUAAAUACAAGCCAAUAUACUCCACUAUUUUAUUUCGUUGCAUAUGAUUCACUAUAUAAAUGUCUAUAAAUCAUACAGAUGUAUACUCACACACAAAGUACAGGUUAUGGUUCUUAUCACUUUUCUUUAAACACAACUAUCAAACCAAGCCUAGAUAUUUAACAAACAGCAUUCUGGCAGUAUACAGACAGGAUUUAUAAUCUGGUCAAACAAAAUAUACAACAACCAUUACGUUUGAGUCAGUGUCAUACAGUAACAGCAAACUAUUUUAUGUGUUAGUAAUUAGUCUAUAAAUGGAAUAUGUAGAUCUGGCUUACCCUAAAAAAUAAAACUUAAAUUUAACUCCCUGGAUCAAUAAUUUAUGAAAAACAGCUUAUAUAUGUAUAACUAGCUAAUAAACAUGAUGAAUAUAGAAGUGUUCUAUAUCUAUGUGUCAACAAUUCAACUAGUUUGAGUACAAUCCUCUUCACCCCUGUAAUCCACUCUAAUUUAACACAACACAAAACUAAAAAGUAGAGGUGCUGUCUCCGUCUCCCGAUCUGAAAAGAAGACACAGUCUGGUGUUAACGUUUCAUGAUUUGGUUUCACAAACAAACACAAAACUAAUUUCUGCUGACAUUACAAUUUUGUGUUGUUUAGUCAAUGGCCUAUUGAUAAACCUAUUGAGUGUAAUUUAAUUUGUUAAUAUGCUGGAUGCUGUAGUUACUGCUGUGCCACAUAUCAAACUAUAAAUACUGCUUCUUCUUCAAAGUGGUGUUGGAUUCAGAAUUGUUAGAUCUCUAUAUUGAUAAUGAAAAAUGUUGUCAAUCUUUAAAAAUCCUACCAUAAAAAAAUGUGCUGCUCUGAUAAUAAAGAUACUUCACCAAGGAUUUGAGUAUUGCAAGCAUUAUUAUUCUAGGCAUGGCAGGUCUGUUGCUCGUACAAGUCCAUAUUGAGAUGCCUCUGUAACCAUUUGUAAUACUGAUUUGCCAAAUAAAUCAACUUCUAAAUGUA